CGACCCCCGAGCCAUGUCCUUCACAGACAGCAGCGACAGCCGCGAUGAGAGACCCGUGUCCAUCCUUUGGGGGUGCGAGCUGAGCAGCGACAGGAGCUCCUACACCUUCCAGGUGCCCGAGGACUGGCACUGCGAGCAGCAGCUGGUCCUGCGCACGAUCUGCCUGGGGGAGACGGCCCGGGAUGAAUUCCACGUGGUGGAGGUGGUGACCGAGGACAGCGACAGCCGCACCCCGGUGCCCCUGGCCACGCUCAAACCCUCGGUGCUGCCCACGGCCACGCUGGCCGGAGUGGAGCUGAACCCCCCCGUGACUUUCCGCCUGCGAGCCGGCUCCGGGCCUGUCUAUAUCAGCGGCCAGCACGUGUCCAUGAUGAUCCUGAGCUCGGAUGAUGAUGAGGAGGAGGAGGAAGAGGAAGAAAUAGAAGAGGCCCCCAAGAAACCCCCCAAGGGUUCGAGCGCCCAGAAGAGCAGCACUGCCAAGAAAAGGAAGCUGGAAAAAGAGGAUGAGCUGUGA